CAUGGUCCCAAUAUUACGAUCAGCAAAUCUCGCAAAAGGCAGGAGAUAAUAUUCUUAAGAGAUGACUUUGCACAUAAAAGAAAUAGGGAAGGUGAGACAGUUGCAAACAUAGAGAAACAUGGAAAAAGUUUAUCUGCAGAAGGAAAGGUUUUUCAUGGGGAACCCAACCCAAGUAACCCUGAGGACAUGUCGGAAUAUCGAGAAUCUGAACUCAAGGAGCAAACUGUGAGCAAAGCCAAAGGACCACCUGAAAUACAAGAAAAUGAGAAAAAGAGUGAUGCCUACGAAGUUGUAUCCGAUACUGGUGACGACGAUCAUGCAAUGCAUGCACCUUUUUCACGUGAAGACGGAAUUGUUAGGAUAGCAAAAGUGAGUCGUCAUAGAGGGCGCCAUACUUUUAGAAUACAUGCGAAUGAUGGUUUGGGUAGAAUACAUAGCCACCACAGAUCAGGACUGCACGUUGUUUCACUUGAUGGGGACGAUACAAGUGAAAACGAAUUGAACGACAAGGACACGCAACUCUACGGUUCCAUUGGAUCGCCGCUUUCAAGCUCUAGCCCUAGGACACCGAGAUUGCAUUUCCGACCUCUAAGACACGGUUCUUAUUAUAGGAACGCAGUAAAUGAUUAUCCACCAAAUGUGAUAUCGAUCUCUCAAGAUGCUUUAAAUGGCGGUCUAUCUAGAGCAGAUGAAGGACAAAUGAGGGAUGAAAUGUUUCCAAUUUUUAGAAGGCGUGAUCCUCUCUCGCUCGCUCAGUCAUCCCAAUUAACACAGCCAGAAGAACUCAUGCAACCUUUUCGUCCCUUAAACCCUAAAUCGGUUUCGGUUGGUGGACGACCAGAUACGUUUCUCUUUCCACUGUUUAAUGGUCGAUCAGAUUACGAGCCUGCCCUUGUUCCAAUGACAGCUCAAAAUUCCUUUCCUGUGUCCAGUCCUAUAGAGUAUUUCUCACCUCAGCCCACAGUACCCUUGACAAACCAACUGUUACUACAGCCAGCAGUGCAAGUUCCUGCACUUCAAACACAACCCGUUAACCCGACGUAUGUCAUGCCUUCGCAAAUGGAAGGACAGUUCCUUUUAGGUAACCAGCAGCCCGAUGCCCGAUCUUUGUACCAGCUUCAAUCACAGCAACAGCUAGAAGUUCCUCAAGUCCCCAUUUCACCGAUGACAGAGAAACAGCCAAUAAUAGUUCCAGCUCAAAUGCAGAUGUCACCAGAACUUACGACUGGAGGCCAACGAGAAAUGGAACCUGCGAGUAACUGGGUAGAUGAAGAUGGACGUCAGAGAAGUGAGGUAUUAGAUCGUCAAAGAAACAGACAGAACGAAGAAAGGCUUCAAGAUGAACGAGGUGAAGAGGAGGAAGAUGAGGAUGAUGAUGAGGGAAGACAUGAAGGCAGCAGAUAUUAUGAUAGAGAUGAUGAUUCACAAAGGGAUGACGACUCCCAGGAAGAUGAUGAACCACCACCCUAUUCAUUUGAACGAGGAUAUUCUCGAGGUGAUGAAGAACCUUCGGAUGAGGAGAACGAGGACGCAGAAGAACCAGAUCAAGAACGCUCUGAUGAUGACGUAAAUCGUUCUCAUGACAGAAAUGAUCCAGCGACAGAGGGCGAAGAAAGCCCAGAUUCCAGAUCAACAAACGACAAUGGCAACGAUGAUCAAGAUGCGUCCCCAAGCCAGGAUAAUUUUGAUCCACAGCGCUUCCCUCAGCAGUUCCAAGCCUCAAAGCCUCAACUAAUGCAAAGGUUUAAUGCAGCAAACCGUCCGUUUUAUUAUCCUAACGUCCCAGGUUUACCAAAUCAAAUAGAUGCUCAAACGUUCGCGAGAUACCAAUUGACCUCGCCUUUUUCAGCCCUGAAAGAACAUAUUUUGCCUCAGCCCCAACAGCCAACUUCUCAUCCAAAAAUAGUUGGAAAUCCAAAUUUUCAAAUAUCAGAAAUGACCUCCUCGGAAGCUGAAUUUUUGGAAAAUAAGGCUACAUUGGAACCCAACUUUACACCUCCUAUUGCGUCAAAAGAUACAAUUCCUCGUAAAUCUCAAAAGUUUCGCUUUGGGUUGGGAAACGUUCUUAUACGCUUAAAUGGAAAGCCAUUAGAAGAUUCAUCUCAGUUAAGAAGCAAGAUAAUAAAUGGACAAAUUAUUCAGGGAAAAGGAAAGCUUAUCAAAUCCAAGGGCCCAGUACGCGUAAAGCUCUCGCACACUAAAGAUGCAAAGCAUCUUAAAAUAAUUGAUAUCAUAGCACCUAAGCAGUUUCAUGUAUAUGAUACUAAAAGUAAAAUAGGAAGGCCAGCAAACGCCUCAUUUGUAGGGAUCAAAACGAGCACAAAAAAGAAGGGUCCAUCCUUUGCUAACAGACUGCAAAAUGCGAGUAAUAACGUGACAUAACCAAUUAAGCAGUGUGAUCUUCACAGCGAUUUAUAUAUUUACGUAAUUAAAAAGUAUUAGGUCGAGAAAGACUCUCUCUAAUAUAACAUCGCAAAUGUUAUUUCCAGCGAACAAUGUUUGCAAGUGAAGUUUGAUUGUUUUUUAAAGAAAAAGGUUGGUUGCAUUUUCCAGAGAAAAAAGUUCCACAACGUAACUAAAGACAGGGCCCCUGCAGUUUCGAAAAUUCCUCGCCAUUUUUCGAGAAAGUAAUUUACUAACCAAAGCAAAUUGUGGCCCAAGAAAUAUUCAAGCUCACGCCAUCACAGCAUUAUCAUUAAACACUAGCAAUAGUUCUCACUACAUCUGCCCCCGCCUUAGACACGACGUUUAUUUUGAAACAUGUCUUCUACGUUCAAUGUGUAAUCUCUUUAUUUCUAUGCUCUUAGUUUAUGACAUUUUAAAACUUCGCGAAAAACGUUAUUUAAUAGAGAUUAGGGUUAAACACUGACAAUAUAGAAUAGGGCUAAGCACUGACUCAAAUGGUUAUGGUUAGGGUUAGGUUUGUCACCAUAAAUAUGCAAAACGAUGACAUAUCUUGCAGUCGAAUCCCCUAUGGUGUGGUGGUAUAGGCGAUGGAUUGCAGUUUUUAGGACCGCGGGUUCGAAUCCCGCUAGUGCCUCGUUCAAUCUGUUUUUUUUUCUAAAACUAAUUGAAGGGACUAAGACUUAGAAAAAUAUUAGAAGAGUAGAAAUGUGAAGAGACUUAGGGCCUGUUUACAUAGAGGUGCGGUACCCCAGGUAGGUGAGGUAACCCGCAUUGGUGGGGUAACCCGCCUUUGCAUAUGACCUCUUAUUUUAAAUUGAUCAAGUUUACAUGAUAGGUAGGGUGACCCGUCACAUGUUUCCUCACCUAUCUGUGAUCCCCACCUCCAUGUAAACAGGCCCUUAGAAAUUUCAUGUAAGUGUAGCUAAGGGGGGAAGGUGGUUCUGAAGAAUGGAAGCUAAUGCUGACCGGUUAACGACGUGUUUCCAGAAUUUCCCAUUACCACCUUGCGCGCUUGGUGAACCAGAAUUACCCUUUGCCUUGUACACAUGCAUCCUCGGAGACCCAGGGGUAGAUAGUGGGGGCGAGGGAAAAUCUAAACGGGCGGAAAAAUAUGGCACGAAGAAAAGUAAAGAACGGCGAGAAGAGCCCCUGAGGACAAUGUCUUACUAGACCAGUUCCAAACGGUCGCCGCCGUUCUGACUUCUGAUUGGGCAGAAAAACACAAAAGUUUUCUGGCACUAAUCAGAAGUCAGAACGGCGGCGACCGUUUGGAACUGGUCUGGUAAGACAUUGUCCACAGGGGCUCUUCUCGCCGUUCUUUACUUUUCUUCGCGCCAUAUUUUUCCGUCCGUUUAGACUUUCUCUCGCCCCCACUAUCUGCCCCUGGGUCUCCGAGGAUGGUACGCAUACUGAAAAUUAAUCGGAACCACCUUACGCGCCUGGAUUCUUCAAAUCGAGAAGAUUUCGCAUAUUACCAAUACAAGGAAAAAACGAUGCUUCUCUACGCGGGGUAAUUUAGGGUGCCGGAGGUACGAACCCUGCGGGGGCAAUCAUUUUUAGGGAAGAAAAAACACUAAGUGGCAAUAAAUGAAAUCGUUCGAAAGCUCAGUUUGGUUUGCUAAAAAAGUUUUUUUUCUGGGACACACAAGUAAAACAAUGUGCCAAUGUCCUAUUUUAAAAAAAGUUCCAUGGUUAACUCAGUUUGGUAUGGUAUGACUCUAGGCCUUGUUUUCACUUAAGGAGCAAGAAUAAGACAAGAACAAGGGCAAGUAUAAGAGUCUUAAUUCACGUAAAAAAAAUAACUCAUAAUAAAUCACGUAGCACAAGAAAAAGGAAAAUUUUUAUCUUUCGCCUUUCCUUCCCUCGUGUUUAUGUCCAGAGUUUAAAGGUUAAAAAAAAGGUUUAAAGGCUUGUUUAUCGUGGAAAGUGCACUAAGCUUAUCCAGCUAGUUUUCCGACACUCCACUCAAAUACUUAGAAACAAAUAAUUCACAUACAAUAUAACAGGAUUGAAAACUCCAACUGGCAGGAGGCAACCAGUUGGCCAUUUACAAGCGUCGCCAAGGAUUUUAACACGGGAUGACCGAGAACAAAUAAAACAAGUCGCCAGAGCGGAUUUCGAACCCGGGACAGCCGGGUUGCGAGUCCGACGCGCUGACCACUCGGUCAUGCUGGGUAAUGACAGUAGGACUAUUAUGCCUGAGCGUUUUCUUGAUCUUACUUAAGGUAGCAAUAGUUCGAUAUUCUCGAUCACGCUAGGACUCAAGUUGGGGAGAAAUAUCGUUUGCCCAGGGAAAAUCGAAGACAACGGCUGUGCAAAAUUUGGGGGCGGUGGUAACAAGGUUCAUUAUGGUCUAUGUGAAAAUGGUGAGUAUAGAUAAAGUCAAUUAUUAUUAUUAUUAUUAUUAUUAUUAUUAUUAUUAUUAUUAUUAUUAUUAUUAUUAUUACCAUUAUUAUUAUUAUAAUUACUACAUAAGAUACACGUACUAGUGUAAUUGCGAGUGAUUUUCUCUCUCAACAUCGGACUCCAAACCAUGGACUUUGGGAGGCAAAGAGGGUUUCUACUUGAUGGAGAGGACCCGCCUGAGAAGGUGGGUUGUAGGAAGGAGAGUUAUCUCGAGUUCAUGUAUGUUGCUGUUUCCAGGGAUUUUGUUGGUGUAGUUUCCUUCUUGAUGGUGCCAAGGGCUCUCAUAACCACCGGGACCGUUGUUGUUUUAAGUCCCCACAUUCGCUCAAGCUCGCUCAACCUUGAUUUCCAAGUCUUCGUAUUUGUUUAGCUUUUCCGUGGUUUUGACUGAGGUGUUGGUAUCGAGGGGUAUAUUCAUGUCAACGAGAAGGCAGGUUUAGCACAAUAUCCGGCCUAUUAGCUGCGAUGGUCCUGUCAGUGUGAAUGUGCAUGUCCCACAGAAUUGUGACGCUGUCCUUCUCGGUGACAGUCUUGGAUUCAUGCUCAUACUAUCGUUCCUUCACCUCAAUGCCAAACCCUUUACAGAUCGUCCAGGGCAUGUGUGCAGCUGCCUUGUUGUGGCGGUGGAUGUACUCAGUUUUAGCCAGUUCAGGGCAGCCAGAGACCAGGUGGUCAAUAGUCUCGUCAAAACCGCCACACCUUCUGCAUUUUCGGUCCACGUCAGCCUUCUUGAAGAUGUUGUGUUGGUACCAGCGUGUUAGGAGGCUUUGAUCUUGGGCUGCGUUGAUAAAGCCCUCGGUUUCUGCUUUGAGGCCAGCUGCUUUAAGCCAUCUGUGAGUCUUGUCGUAGUCCACGUCAGCCUAUUUCACCCGCUGUGGGUAUUUGCCGUGGAGCACUUUUGAUUCCCACUUGGACCUGAGCUGUUGUUAUUUACGCGAUUUAAAAGUUGCUGCAGCGGUUAAAGGCUUAAAAAAAGUUUAGGAGUGCCUCUUUACAAGGAAGAUAAAAAAAGAAAAAGUCGAAACAAAAAGUAGGUUCGUGACUAGGCAGCCCAGCGCCGAUCCUGAGCGGUUCACAAUAUCAAUCAAUCAAUAAACAAUUUUUACAAAGUUGUAUAGUUGUAUAGACGGGGAUUGUAACAAAAGUCAAUUGAGAAAUUAGUGGAGUUGUGACACGAAAUUUAAAGCAGCGAGAUUUGGCUUCUCCUAAAUUUUGAGGGAAACAAAACAAAAUAACUGCUAAAUUUACUCACUGGGAGGAAAAUCACGGCUUGAAAAAAAUUUUUUAAGCGAUUAUAGACAUAAAAACACUGAAAAUUGUGCACGACAAAUAAAAACAAGCUUUUCAAACUUCAAACUCGCCGUCGCUGGCAUAUUGGAUCGUAGGCACAUGCUAUGGUUAAGACAGUUCAGCGAGACUUUUGUAACAACGAUACAAAAAGUCGCAACGUAGGAUAACAUUCAAAACGUUAGAAGCCUCUUCCGUGACAAAAAUUCUAAGAAGCAAAGCUUGUUGAAACAACAAGGCAAAAGCCCACGUCGAAAAAUCAAAGAUUGUGCGACAAAUAUAUCUUUCGAGUAAAGCAGACGCCAAAGAAAGCGCAGCAACUACGUACUAAUCACAGAGCAGCUUUGAAAAAAGUGCCGUGUUUGCUGUGUUGUUUGGCUCGGUGUACUUGGUUAAGGCAACACUCUCAGCGAAGCAAAGGGACCAAUGAGAGAGCCGCUUGGGAACGAUUCUUGUCAGCUGUGGUGACUUGGAGAAUGCCUGGAGAAUGCCUAUAAAACUGGAGCAAAUUUUUUAUAGCGGCGCUCCAUGGGUAAGAGAAUUUGGUUAUCUAUGCAUCCAAGAAAUUUUGGUUCUGACAAAAUCGGCCGUACGUACGUCCUCCCCUACGCCUGGGUGAAAUUUUGCAUAUCAAAAAAACCGCGCAUUUCCGCGGUAAAUCGCAUGGCCACCCAAAGAGAGACAAGAACGACAAGAAAGCCAAGUCCUUUUUUCGACUAGAUUUUAAAGCCUACAUUGACAAGGAUAACAGAGAAAGAGCUUCAGUUAGAGAUAAAAAAGGAGACCAACUUCGUUGGAAGAAAAACAUGAAAAUUUUAUAGCGGUGCUGAGAAAUGCUAGCGGUCACCAUGGUGAAAAUGAGUGGCGGUGAAAAAAAAAGUUAACAGGAACACAUACACUUCCCCCGUAAAACGUGUAACUGGGAAGUUUCCUGUUGCCGUUUUCGUUGCCGUCGCCCCUCAGCAUUACACGAUUUUAUAUUUUGUUUAAGUAAACUAUAAACAUUAACGAGAGCUUCGCUUUUAGCCCUGGCUAAAUAGCCCUAUAUAUUAAAUUGUAAUUCAGUGGCCGAAUGUAAGCUAUUUACGAGUUCGAUAAAUAUUCUAUUUUCUUAUUGUGAUUUUAACCCUUUAAACCCUAAGAUCAAAAUUUGAAUGCUCAUUUGCUGCCCCUAUUCAUUUCCUACAGAAGUAGUAGGGAGAAGUUGAUAAAAUAUCAAGCAAAUUCAUCUUGUGUGAUCAUGUCCAUAAUUCUCAUGAACACUCUGUUUUACAAAGCAUUGAUAUUACAAGGAGAAAUUUGAUGCUGGUCACUCUUAGGGCUUAAGGGGUUAAUGCAAUGUGCCUCGUCUGUUUCGUUAGUACUCAAUUUCAGUAUGGCAAGUAAAAAUGCCGUGGGAAAGGCAUUACACUUAGUAACAUUCAGUUUAGUGAGUUUAGUAGUUAGGGAAAUGACAUAAGUGGACUGGGUACGAGAUUGACGUCCAAAAAGAAAAAGGCAACAAUGACGAUAGAUUAGAUGAUGGUGAAAUUAAGAUUAUUGGUCGUUGGAGCAGGCAUGUAGAUAAGGGUUUCAGGGGCUAUGUUUCCUCUAAAAAAGGGACAACUAAGAGUCGAAAGGCCAGCUUGCAUAGCUUUGCAUAUGGUUAUGUGUGUCCCUUCCAGAGCCCGGCGUUGCUGCUGUGUGACAUAAAUCAUUCAAUACGUUUUCAAUUAGCUUACGAUUGACGUCAUUUGUGAUAAUUUGAAAACUAGCCUAUUGUCAUUGGAUGAUCGAAGUAAUUCCUACAAAUUUUGUCGGCGAUAGCGAGUUAUUAUGAAGAGUUAACCGGGAGCUUAAAGUCUUUCAAAAACUGACAAAUAUUUUGAAUGAAUUAUAACACGUGAAGAAUUAGAGGGCAACUAAUCAACAACUGUUGCUCCUUACUUAAGUUAGAAAAGGAGGACUAGGGAGAGAAACGCCAAAAAUCAGGGAGGAGGAAGGGGGAAAUAAAAAAUAAAAAGAGGGAAAAAAAAUUAUAAUUCUGUUCAAGGGGGGGGGGGAUAAAGAACGGACUAGACCGGCUCGGUGCAUGGGCUUGAUAAGUAAAACAUGUAUUGGUAAGACAUGGACAAGUAACGUAUCAUUGUAACUAACUUAUAUUUUUCUUUCCUUGCUUGCAAGUGAUAACUAUUCAGAACCUAUGAAAUAAGCUAACAGUCACAAUCCAUUUUUUUUUCUAAUCAAAUCUAUGAUUUACCAAUCAGGUCCAGUCAUAUUUUUAUCGUAUGCCCUUGCCUGUGGUUGUCAGCCUAUCGAGGUUACCCGCAACGCGACUUGUGGCUGGUACUUAUUUACACAAAUAGGUGAAAAUUGACAAUGGAGGCAAUUAGUGUCUAAUGACAGUAAUAAAGCAACAUGGUGAUGCUACUCUAACGCGCCGCUAUUUACAUUUUAAGUUCCAGGAUUGUGCGAAGAACGACAUUACUGACCGCGCCUCAGUGGUCACCUUUGAAACUGUUUGGAGGUUUAUAUUUGUUAAUUGCCAUUAUUCCCAAAAGUGUGAUCUUAAGCUGUAGAAGAGGCUGCUCUUCAACAUUGAAAUAUUUGCCACUGGUAAAUAUUGCAGUGCUUCUGUCAAAACCCAAACAAUAUUCCAUGACGCAAAACGCAAAAGUAUAAAACUUGAAGUGAUCAAAAAUUACUAGAUAUUAUUUGUUUAAUUUGACUAAGCUAGAACCCACCUCCAAGUCAACUUUUCCUUAAACCAAAAAUCUUCGCCUUUUUAAACGAAUAAAAAAGGAAUAUCAUGAAGAUUAGGUCACACGGAAUAUAACCUUUGUAAAUAAUUAAAAUCACCACAUUUUUAGCCAAUAGUGUUUUUAAGAUGACAGGAAGAGCGCCCACUGCUCUUAUGUUGAAUGGCGUAUCUCUUGUCGGCUUUCCUUAUCCCAGUUGGGUUGCCUAUGAAAUGUAAAAUCUAGCAAAAUUAGACUACUGGCCANUUUACCAAUCAGGUCCAGUCAUAUUUUUAUCGUAUGCCCUUGCCUGUGGUUGUCAGCCUAUCGAGGUUACCCGCAACGCGACUUGUGGCUGGUACUUAUUUACACAAAUAGGUGAAAAUUGACAAUGGAGGCAAUUAGUGUCUAAUGACAGUAAUAAAGCAACAUGGUGAUGCUACUCUAACGCGCCGCUAUUUACAUUUUAAGUUCCAGGAUUGUGCGAAGAACGACAUUACUGACCGCGCCUCAGUGGUCACCUUUGAAACUGUUUGGAGGUUUAUAUUUGUUAAUUGCCAUUAUUCCCAAAAGUGUGAUCUUAAGCUGUAGAAGAGGCUGCUCUUCAACAUUGAAAUAUUUGCCACUGGUAAAUAUUGCAGUGCUUCUGUCAAAACCCAAACAAUAUUCCAUGACGCAAAACGCAAAAGUAUAAAACUUGAAGUGAUCAAAAAUUACUAGAUAUUAUUUGUUUAAUUUGACUAAGCUAGAACCCACCUCCAAGUCAACUUUUCCUUAAACCAAAAAUCUUCGCCUUUUUAAACGAAUAAAAAAGGAAUAUCAUGAAGAUUAGGUCACACGGAAUAUAACCUUUGUAAAUAAUUAAAAUCACCACAUUUUUAGCCAAUAGUGUUUUUAAGAUGACAGGAAGAGCGCCCACUGCUCUUAUGUUGAAUGGCGUAUCUCUUGUCGGCUUUCCUUAUCCCAGUUGGGUUGCCUAUGAAAUGUAAAAUCUAGCAAAAUUAGACUACUGGCCAUUCUUGGCGAUCGAAUCGAUUUAGACAAAUACUGUAAACAUGAAGAGGAGAAUUUACCUUUUUUUCAUUUUGUGUGUCACAUCACCGACUACGAUUUCCGGUAAGUCUGUUAUACAUUUCUGUUUACUAGUUUCUAUAUACAGUGUAGUUCGAUUAAAAAUAUAUGUAUAUGUUAAAUUCAUAUUUCCUCAAGUUUUCUUAAAAUGCAAAGUUCCGCUGCUGGCUAAAAGGAAUCUCUUCCUAGCGAUCGCUUACUUCACAGUGAUUGCUUUCUUGUCAUAAUCUGGAAAACGACGCAUCACAAACUCCGCUCGAAGGCGAUGAAAUAGCGAUUCAGCUGCGGUCAGGCUCAACAAUUUUAUUUUUGACGACACCUCAACACAUCAGUGGCUUAAUGUUCGUACAUCGCAGUUCAUCGUUAGAAGAAUAAAUUUCGUACCAAAAACUAAUAGGAUUUUUAAUUUUAUAAUCAAGCGGCGGGCGGGCCAAAACCUGCUCUUUUUGACACUGUCUCAAUAACUUCUGUGUGCUCUUCUAAGAACUUAACUGGUGGAAGUCAAUGACCAUUGAUUAUCAAGCCUUCGCUUUUACGCUUCGAUGAUAAAACACUAGAUUUUCACAGCAAAAAAUUUAAAAUAACCGCCUGUAAUAUUUAGAUCAGUGUCCUUUUGGAAGUGUUCUGACAGUUGUCACAACAGACCCUUCCCUUUAAGUUGCCAAGUUUAAAAGUGACUUGUUGAAAACAACAACAAUAUAGCCCUCUAAAGUCGCGCAAUUUUAUAGUCUGCAAGGUGGAGGGCAAUUCAUGUCCUCCACCACUACAAACGUAUAUAUACAUGUAAAAUUUCGCAACCUUGUGAAGCGAUAUCCUCGCCCGCUUUGGACGUAUCACGUUAAACUUUAGGGUGGGUACUUUCCAUUUUGUCAAAUCAAACAGUCAGAAAUCAGUGGAAUUGUAAAGAGAAAAUGAAACAACAUUGUUCGAUUGAAGCAAAGUUUCCAAUCGAAUGGAAGCGAUCCAUUUGGGUUUCGAUUGAAAUUUUGAUGACUGCUUAGAAAAGUAGGACUAGAAACGAGAAUUGUUGGAAAUUGAACGGCAAGUUUCGGUCUGACCGGACUGACCAGUCAAAGAGGACGAACUCUGGAGAUGGACCACAGUGAAAGUGUCUAUUACUGAUCGAAAGGCCGUGUCAUUUAUAAGUUAACUUUUUAAUAUGCCAUCCUUAUCGCCCCUGACAAGACUAAACCUUAGGAAAUUUUCUCUCGUCUGUUACUCAAAAGGUCAGUAUUUGUGAAAAUAGUAAGCUUGAUCAGCGCGACGAAGUUUCAUCGACACUCAAAUGAAUGAUUUGGACAAUUUGGGCAAGCGCAAUAUUCACAUAUAAAAAAACUUCUCACUAUUCUUACAGCAGUUGUAGACCUUGUAAUAGGAAAUUAAUUAGUUCCUGUUAAUUAGUUCCUGUUAACGUUAAUUUUGCGUGAAAUUAUUCCCUAAUUUCACUCGUCACCAUUUGAUUACACAUACCAACAAGCCAACAAAUUUUAUUGAAAAAUUGCCUUUUAUUUUUUAAAGCAGAUGAAGUCGAAAUGAAAGCAGACAACAUGGCAGAAGCAAUUGCACAACAAAACAAAAAAGUUGAAGAGGAAAGCAAAGCCAUGGAGAAAGCCAUUGACGAGAAAGGGAAACAAGUAGAUACUAAAGAACAGGAAGAUAAAUUUGAAAAAGCUAGCGAAAAGGUUGAUGCCAUGGGGGACGCCGCUGACAAGAAAUUUGAACAGAAAGGUAACGUUUUAGUGAGCAAAUAGGGCUACAUGCGCGAUAUUUCAAGUUUUCUUUUAAAGACCUUGUUACCUUUAUUAUUACAGUAUCUCGGUUCUUCCUGAUCUUAAAUCCCUUGAAGGGAGAACAUUUUCUUGCCGACAACUUUACAAUAUGGACUGCUUCCAACCACAAGAGAAGAUCUUGAAAGAAAAAAAUGUCGUCUUCUUGAGGGGCACAAGAAUAGGGAUUUCUUGUAGAAUAUACGAAAACAGAGUAUUGUAUGAUAUAUCAAUUCUCUCGUAAGGGACCACCCUUGGUACACGAUAAAGUAGUCGCUUAUGGGAGGUAGUCGUCAACGGUAAAAAUCAAGAAAAUAAGCUGUAACUGAAAUGAUUAACGCGAUUACGUAGAGUUAUUACCUAGCAAGCUAAAAAAAUAAGCAAACAGACAAGGGAAACAGGUAGUUUUGUUUUCCCGCGAGUCCUGGUACUGCUUCCCGUAUGUUUUUCUUUGAUUCAAGGUCGGAAUGCUUAUACAUGUUCGUGUUGUAAAAACAACUGUUAGCAGGGUACUGGCAGAUAAUAAAGAGACUAUCAAAGGUUAUGAAAAGUGGAGUUUGAGCGACACAAUUCAAGAAAGGCUGCGAUUGUUUCACAUUAAAAUAUAUAUUCGGAAGUUAAAGGGUCUGAAGACAGUGAGUAGUAAUUAAUGUGUCUUAAUUAAAUACUUUUUGGGCAUUGACUGUUCGAAUAUAAAUAUUGCAGUCCUCACUAAAGGAUCCCAUUUUCGUUUUAGCCAGUUUAGUUGACAAGCUUGGUAAUGAGGGAAGCGAUGCCAUUGAAAACCAAGCAAAAAAAGUAGAAACUCUGUCUAAUCAAGCAGAUUUGGCUGAGGACAAUGCAAGUAAACUAGUAGAUAAAAUAGGUAAGUCAAUUAUCACUUUCACCGUAUUUAUUCGAUUACUCGCCGCAGUGUUUAUUAUUCUGAAGCGACAUUUAUUCAAGGGCGGUGUUUGGAAGAGGGCGACUUUUAUUUCAAAAUCCCAUUUCGUAAAACAUUAACAACAAUUUCGAUAAAACAUAUUGUAAAUAUCUGCAAAACAGAAAGAUGUUUUUUCUAUAGAAUCGUAAUUGUCUGGAUGGUGUAGAUUACCAAGUUGUUCCGAGGCUUUUCCAUAAUCUGAUACCAUAAUACUCUUUUGAUCUUCAAAGUUGUUUAAUGCCACAUUGACUUCAUCUUGUUCUUGUACAGCACUUUUUGCUUAAAGAUAAAUCCUAUAAACAAAAUGCAAAGCAAUUUCCAAACACAAGCUCUUGUGGACCAUAUUGUAACCAACAUUCCAGUGGUACCCCCCUUUCUGUACAAAAGAAACUAUUGUGGAAUCGUCAAGACGCUUUAACGUCGCAGGGGACAUUGGCUGACAUUGACGCUACAUGCCUCCAUAAAUGAGUCCCCUUUUAUAUGAGGAAAACCUGUCCCGUGUCGAAGGAUCACCCUCCCAGCCGAGAUAUGAGAUAUGAGAAAAAAGUUGACCCCUUUUCCCGAGCCAAAAGCACUCGCGCAAGUUCCGACUCCCUCACAGAUUGACCCGGAGAAAAUAUGAUGGGAAAAGUUGGCCCAGCUAGGAGAGUGACCCUACCAUCAAAAUAAAAGGGGCCCAGCAAGGUCGGUCACCCUUCUAGCGGAGCCGACUUUUUGUUUCCCAUGUAAACAGCUCGCCAAGUUUUGUAAGGAAAUAUAUGAAGUUUGCUUGCCCAGGGUAGCUCGGCCUGGUGGGUGAUCCCUCUACCAGUGACAACGCGUCUCCAUAGAGAUGGGAUCAAAGGCUGUAUGAAACUGCAACCUAAGAGUAUUAUGGUACUUAAGGAAACGUCUAUCCCUGAGAGUGGCAUAUACUACACCAAUCCACCUCCAGACCCACUGACCUAAAAACAGAAUUUACUUGAGACAAAACUCAUUCUUAUCGCAAGUGAAAUUAAUGUUAAGAUCAAUAAAGGGGACAAGCAAUCUAUCCAUAUCGUGUUUGUUUGACCAAUCAAACUACGAGUAAAUCGGGAUUAAUUUACUUGACAGAUAUGCCAUUUACGCCUGAGAUUCCUGAGUCUUUCCUGUAUUCCUGCAAAUCCUUGCGCAAAAUCUUAAGCUCUUAAAUCAAUGCAAUUAACAACUCGUCGAUCCUUACAGAAAUGUUUUAAAAAGACAAACAGACCACGUUUAACCAUUGACUCAUAACCAGUUCAAAAAAGCCCACUAAAGUUCACAAACAUUUUACCGCCCUUCUUUAACUGACUGUGCGACUAUCUUUUUGACUUUACAACUGAAUACGUUUUGCAACACGACAUUUUUAACGCACGUGACUCUCAUCCAGUCCACGAAGAAUAAAACAAGGAAAAGAACAUUUUCAAUCUGGUUAGAAAACGUUUAGCCUGUGCGCAAGCUGUCGUAAUAGGGGUUGAUGUUCCUAGUAUCUUGAUUUGGUUUACUUUGUAAGAUAUUCCUUUUUUACUGAACGUACUUUUUAGUUCAAGCAUACUUGGGUAUCUCUAGAGGUUUUCUUUACCAAACAUCCGGGUAGUUCCCCCAAAUUUUAGAACGUCUUUGCUAAAGACUGGCAAGAAUCGUUGCUCUUUGUACGACAACCAGAGAGACUGGUGACAAACAAGAACCACAUUGUUGUAAGACACUUUAACAUCAACAUAUCUAAGGCCCUUCAUGGAUCCUCAGUGUGAGGCAGUGAUUUCAACCGGCAUUUGUGAAUGUUGUCGUGUAAAUAAACAAGAACAACAUUUAGUUUUUUUCCUCUACUAGACUAUUUCUCCUAGACAAGCAGUUACACCAUUGUUAGUUAAAGCCAAGUAUUACAAGCGAUAAUGUUUAUAAGAUGAGUGCAUUGAAAACGAUGUUGUAAAGACGAAAUAGAGAGUAUGUCUCCCACACGUCCUUUCUUGUAAACUAACUCGCCUAAUGUUAAUUCAUCACUCUGCCGGCUGUAAAAUCAAAACUCAGUACAAAAUGGCCAUUUGGCAAAUCUCCCCGUUCUCUUGUAACAACGUCUGGCUGGAUCGCAAGCUUUAACAAGCAUUCUUCCGCUAUCUCAUGCUCGAGUACAACCGUAUUAGUUUUAUUCCGUGAAGAAGAAAGUGUUCGAUCAGAGUUGUUUACAAAAUAUGGCAGAGAGGUAAAUAGCAAGCUGCGCGAAUGAUAGGUAAUGUUGGUAUUGAUGGUUGAUGUUUUGAUACCAUUAUUCUGAUACUGGGUUCUCCCAAGUUGGGUUGUUGAAAAGCAUAUAAAAGUCGCGCUGUGAAGACUAAAAACUGUUGUAAUUACCGCGAGAUUCUUUGGGAUGUAUUUGUUUUAUUCGCGAGCUCAAUGUUGUGUUGCAAUAACGCAUUCCGUUGGAGUGAAGAAGAUCAUAUCAAGAAUUUUCGUUUUUAUUAAACAUUUUUGGUAUGAAUUCAUAAAGGCAAGAACAUCGAGCAGGAUACUGACAGUUCCAGUCCUAAAGCACGGAUGAGUAUAUCCUACACUCUGCAGCUUCCUCGAGAGCCUCACGCGGAACAGAUGAUUCAGAGAAUGUCGGCUUACCAAAACCAGAUAAAAUCAAACCAGGAAGCAGAAAAGACAUACCCAUGGCCUUUUCGUCAAGAACUUCACGGGAACAACCCAAAUGUUCAGGAAACUCAAGAUGAUCGCAUAAGCGACAUGAGCCUCAAGCCGUUUAGUGAAGGUUACGCCGCAGCAGAAAACGACGCCAUGUCAAGCGAGGGAUACACUCCUCAAAAUAUGCGUAGUACCUUAAAGAAAAUAGUUUACCUGCCCCACCUUCGACUCCCAUAUAGUAGUCGACACAGACAGCAUCAUCAUCAUCUUCACCAAUAUCAAACUGGAUUUUCCCGAGGACCCGAGAAAAUUCCAUUUGCCAAACCAACUUCUAGAAGCAGUGACCUCGGCUUGCUUGUGUUACCGACUGAUGGACGGAAACAACUGCCUGAAGAUAUAAGGACACAGAUGGAGGAUGAUGAGAUGCUGAGAAACGCAGCUAAACAAACUUUCACCGGUGCCUCGAAUGACGCUGAACAAGGUAAAGUAAAUACAGUUAUCUUUUCAAACAAAAAUAAAAUAUUUCCUUUGCAGUAUAGCUGACAAUAGAUAUCUUGAUGCAGAUGAAGUCCUUGCAAGAAUUGAUCCCAUGGUCAUCCACAGUUCCCCAAAGUGUAGGAACCAAACAAAAAAACAUUAAUAAACAUUGGUAAUUUGAAAUGAAACAUUUAAAGGCCUCAAUAAUAGGGUGCGUUCCUUUAGGAUGAUCCGUAUCAGAAUCAAUGAUCCGAGAUCACUCGGAUCAUGGUAGAUCAAAUGAACCGAUGAAUCCGCUCUAAACAAGGAUUCAUCGGUUCAUUUGAUCUACAAUGAUCAAAUUGAUCUUGGAUCACUGAUCCUGAUCCGGAUCAUCCUAAAGGAACGCACCCAUGGAGACGUUAGACGUGAGAGACGCAAUUAAUCAUUAUUAAAUGGUACCGCAGGAAAACAUCCAAAAGUUAGUCACCAGCCUUCGCGUGAAUGGUCACUGUAGACGCCAAUUCCAUUCACAGUAAAUUCCAAUAAAAGAACGGUAAGAGUUCUUUUCGAAAAUUUGGCAAAGCAAUCUCUUUGCCCGAAACGCUGCCUCCUUAUGAAAGUCGAAAUAAGGACAUAUUUCCAUUUCCAGUAUGUUAACGGUCAAGUCCUCAAUAUUUCUAUGUUGCCACUCUAAAGAAGUAUUUUUAAGGGUUUCCCAUAUAUUUUUUGGUUUAAGUUAAAUUAUUUUAUCUCUAGUUUGUUACAAUCAAAAAUACUUAUAUUAGAAUAGACAGAACAGGCUUAAAUGGGGUUGAAAAGUUUAAGAGAAAACGAUGUCUGUGCUUUGUUUACAGAAGAGAACAUGAAAGAAGAAUUACGCAAAAAUGAUGCAGAGCGUGAUAUGGAGAGAAAAUGGAUGAAGAUCAACGCCAUAGGUACUCCGGAAAUGUUCAUGCACUGGUCACACCCUGGUAAGAAACUUGCCUCAAUUGGUCAACAGGAAGUCAGCAUUGUAAGUCCAGGGGAGGUAGACCUGCUUCAGACGGAAUACCCAGACUAUCCCAAGCCAAAGGCUUUGGGAGGGGACUUUCCAGGCGUCAUCAGAAGAACGAUUGCAAAGAAAAAGGCGGCUACUUCAAAGAAAUCAAAGGGAAAAAAAGCCUAACAAUCAAACGAAAUAGUUUAAUAUGGUGAACAAUUAUUUUGUAGCGCUUAUAGAAUUUGGCGGAACUGACAAUGUCUUAAUAGUAUUUAUAUGUAAGUCUGGAAGACCAGAUCUAAGAGAACCAAACAAUUCUUUAGCUCUCUAAAAUAAGCUAAUUUAAAGAACAAACAGAACGCAAGUUUGCUGAAUAACUUUCUUUUAAGAAACCAUUGUGAUAGACAAACACAUUAUUUGCCGUCAUUUUUUUCCAACAGCUUAAUCUCGUUUGACCAAGCUUUUUACGUUAGGUACCAACAAUACUGAGGUAUUUAUAUAGCAGGCGCAUGCGCGAUAGUUACUCAUAGUCUUUUCUCUUAAUCUCGUUUCCAGAUGUCUGCUUUACCCUUGUCCGGCUAAACGGGCAAGGGGGGUCAUUCCGCUGGACAAGGGUAACGCGGACUCUGAAGACGAGAUUGAUUAUCUCUUGCUCGCGCAUUCUUCAGAUGAUACGAAAGCCCGUUUUCAAUAAUUGUUUUGUUAUUCAUUCAAAAUAAUUCCUAGUUUAAAAAGAAGCUAAGACAUGCUUACCUUCACAGAUGUUAAGUUCAUCUUCGAUAGUGUAUGUUUAUCGGCAAGUUUAGGAGAUAAAGGGUGGUUCAGGUCUGCAAAUAUUCUCCAAAUAGCAGAUAUCGUCCGUCGAGUUGUCUUCACGCUGUUCUUGCUAUGUUUUUAGCCAACAGUUGCCCUAUUUCUUCCUCGUGAAACGAGUGAAAUGUUCCGCCAUUUUGUAGUCACUAUCAAGAUAACUCAACCUCGUCCCCAGGUCUUCUCGAUCAUGAACGGUUCUAUUUUUGACGUCAUUUUUCGCAUAUCUCAAAAUUCUUCCACAUUUGGUCAUCAACCAGAUCCAAAAGAACCCGUUCGAUGUUAAGCGCUGUCGUAUCUUCAUUUCCUAACCCGGUCAUUUAAUAACCGCCCUUUCUUUCGCUGCGAAAAAAAUAGACCCAAUGGGUCAGUUAUUUAAACGGGGUUUAGCCAGUGUCUAACAAAACCGCGUUCUAAACUAUUUUCAGUUUGCCAAACGCUCUUAUUUAAACACCAUUUAUCGUUAACAGUUUCAUGAAAGCAUAAAGCGUAGACUAAAAAAAAAUGACCGCGGGGCAAAAAGGGAGAUAGGAAAUUAAUUUGUAUGUUCAUAAUAAGCGCGCGCGUUACAGAACCGAAAUGAAUCUGGGUAACUCGUGUCAAAUCAAAAUGGAAUUAUUACUUAAUUAUUCGAUAGAAUAGAGCUCAGUUUUCUAGAAUUCGGCACGUAAACUCACGAAAUCUUAUAUCCAUAAUCGCAAUGGCGUCUCCCUAUAAAAAACCAAUAUGUCGACCAAAAAUAAGCCAUUUAUCCCAGAUCCAAAAAACACUCUUAGUACAACUCAGUUUAAUGUUUUUUAAAACAAGGUAGUAAGUUUCACAUGAUGUGUAACAAAAUCACAAACUUACAGAAUUAAUCACUCCUUAAAAUAAUUGCAUGACUUUAAUAAAGGAAAUAAAGAUUAUGACUACUUUAGAAAGAUUUUGAAAUUGGUGUUGUCUUUAAUUUGACUGCGAAAGUUUUCGCUUACAACCUAAAAGUUGUUUUCAGCAGUCUACAAGCUGCCUAGCUUCAAGCAGGGAGAAUUUCGCCACUCACGGUUGUAGAGACACGCAUUAUUUGCUCUCAUUUCGACAGUCUAAUGCUGUUUUCCCACGCUUUUACCUUACGUACUGACAAUCCUGAACUUUAUCAGAGAAGACGGCGGUAGCCCCGGAUCAUACACCUUCUUCCACCGUACGUAUAUGUUGCUGGUUGAAAUAUUAUUUUUCUUUUGUUUCAAACUCAUUAUCAUACAUUACCAUACCCCGAAACCGAAGAAAAUAAAAUUCAAACCAAGGAUAAAAUUGAACCACAACAUAUACAAUAGAAACGUACCACAUUCUCUUAAAGGGAGGAUCGCGUAGCACUUAAAAAUAGGAAUUUUAAUUUAUCAACUUGAAACAACCUCACACCUAAAUGUAGAUCAAGAUCGUUUUCAGGGGCUGCGUUCCCCUUGUCAAGUGGAUGGGUAACAAUGUUAGGUAUGUGCUUCAUAUAUUAAUUACCAUGCACUGGACAAGGGUAACGCAGCUUCUGGGGACAGGAUUGAAUGGCGAUAAAUCAAAAUCAACUUGUGGUCACAGAAUAUUGGGUUUAUGGCUGACAUUUCAAUGAAACGUUACCAAAAUUUAAUUAACUGGGAAAUGCACCAGCGGCUAAUUCAACAAUUUGGACUCGUUCAGCAUGUCGAUUGUCUUUUAACCUGCGUUCAUGUUUUUAUUUCUUUGAGAAGAGAGAAAACAAGGAAGAAAGACAUAACAGAGAUAUAGGGAGGCAUUAAGAGAGAUAUGGGGAAUCAUUUAAAGUGAAAGUGGGUAACGAGAUUUACACUCGAACUCGUAAGAAGAGUGGCAAAAAUAUGACUGAUGGCGCUUUCCUAUUCUGCUCAGACCUAUGAGUCAAAUUAUUCUUCCUUUGUUUAGUAAAAGGAAAACUAUAUGGUUAGAGAGACUGAAUCAACCUCAGCAUUCGACCGCUGGCUACAUACUGAUAGUUUUUCAUGUAAGAUCCCUUUUAGUUAUCAUAGCCAAGUGCGGAUACCUACGAGCUGACCGCUAACAAAAUAUUAGAUCUUUUCGUAAAACGCAUGCCACUAAUACUAAAAUGAGAUCAUAAAAUGCUUGAACACAAGUAAAACGCGAGUUGUUUUACACAAAAAGCAAAACUACAUGUGCUCGAGGUGGCACAAGUCAGCCAUGGAUCAAACUACUGGUAUUUAUCAGUUGAUAGUGAUGCCACAAAAAAAGUAUCCACCGAUAGAAAAGAUUGGUGAAGAGAUUAGGCAACAAUGUCCACUUUGCUACUUUCCAAUUUGUUGACUUCACAUAAAAGGUUUCCAUAGCAACAAUAUAACUCCCUCUAAAUGAGCUUUAAAUGUUCACAAUUAAGGCAAACUAGGUGUCCCUUAUGUUCUUAUUUGUUGAGAUAUAAUCAUUAUGCUAUAGUUCAACGUUUUGCAAGGAUUUUUUUAUUGUUGUAAAUACUUAAAGCCAUCGUAUAAUUUUGUAAAUUUAAAACGGCAGAGAGCCCUUCCCACAUGUUUUUAAAAUCUUUAUCAUUAUCCUAAAUUGCAUCAUUUUUUAACACCAGGUACCGAUCCUGCAAAAUGGUAUAGAGAGUCAAUUUGCUUGCAACUCUAGUUGUAAAUUGCAAAAAUUGUAAAACAACUUAUAAAUUCUACCAACAAGACUUCUUAUUGCGAACAUCUUCCUGGAGAUAACUGGUACAACCACAACUGCAACAACGACAGUGACUGGGCGAGAAUAUUGGUAGAUAUCAAUCUCUUUAGCUUGUAUGUUUUGUUUCCCCAAUGCAUGUGAUAAUAAUCUUGAGAACUGUUUCUUUGAAAGGUUGUCUUAUUCUUGUGCUCAUUUACCCUUAAUUUAUGAAAAGACAAAGGGCCAAAUUCCCCUGAGACUUUCAUUUGGAAAAAGCAUACGAGCUAAAGAGAUAUAUUACAGGUUUUUCACGGUCUCUUAAUUUUUACUGAUUUACAGCUGCACUUUUGACAUUUUAUAUCAACCUUAUUACAGUUUAGACUUGUACUAUUCUUUGUGAUCUUUAUACCAUGGGGUCCUCAUCCUUUUCUCAUUUAAGCCAACAAGACAAUGAAAAAACAUAAUACUGCAAAUUCCAUACCCGAGCACGUCAAUUUAGGCUAUACCCACACUCUACCGGAAAGCUUUGCGUGCAGACACGAAAAGCUAUCCGAUAUAGAAACAUCUCUGGGCCUGUUUACAUGGAGGUGGGGGACCCCAGGUAGGUGAGGUAACAUCCCUCCUUUACAUGUAAUCUUACAACCCCGCCAUCUCGGGGUGCACUCUCUCAAGGUUAUAUUUGAAUGGUCGCUAAUCACGUCAACAAGAAAAAUGCCGGCAAACCACGUGUUUUGGCGAUUAACGCACUUCUACACUCACUUGUUGCUCUUGCUGCAACCUUCAGAGCAAUGGCUUUCUAUUGCUAACUUUAAUAAUGAUGCAAAGCCACCGCCAAAGUGAAUUUUGCGCGAAUUUGAUGUACCACGAAUCCGACCCCGGCCAGGCGGGUUACCCCACCUUGAAACGUUUACAUGGGAAAAUUUGACCCCGGCUGGGAGGGUAACCCAGUCUGGUGGACCGGACUACCCGCCUUGGUGGGUCACCCCAACAAUCAUGUAAACGUGAUCAAAUUAAAAUGAGAGAAUAUAUGGACAGGCGGGUUACCCCAGCCAAGGGAGUUACCUCACCUACCUGGGGUCCCCUACCUCCAUGUAAACAGGCCCUCUGUUUACAAACAUUGUUUUUGUUAUUUAAAUUUGUAACAAGUGAAACAAUAGAGCCCUUUGCUUCAAGAACCAGUGGGUUUCUGGUUAACACAUUGAUAUCAAUGACGCUCCAGUGUAGAGAACGGCGCGGCGCAGCAUCGCUUCCUCACAGAAAUCGCGCCGAAAUCAGAAACCCUAUGCGACAUGAUAUUGGUGCCGGCACAAAAGCUAUGAUCCGGUAUUGUGUGAACAUAGUCUUGCAUAAUUGUAGGUAAUCGCGCUAACGUUCCAAUGCCAUUCCCUAGCAUACUUUCUUAUGUAACAUAAUUGCCAAGUUGAUGAGAUAAGCCCUGAUAAAUGAUAACGCCCUGACUUAGAAAGUAGGUUUUAACUACAGAUACGUUUAGCCUGGGAUAAUUGUCCUGUCGGUUACUUUUAUCGUACGAUUCUAAUUUUCUGUAUCUCUUUCUUCUUUUUUUUGCUGAAAAAAAAAAUCAUUUCGUCAUGCCCAGGGCCAACAAAUCAUGUCAUUGUAAGAAUGCCAACCAAAAGAACUGGUGACAAGAUAGAACCUAGUAAAGUUGUCGUUUUUCCCGAUUCUGCGGUGAAGGGCACCGACACAAGAAACAUGCAGAUAAAAGAAUUUCAUCCUCAAGAUGGCAAAGGUAAAUGGCUCGCGGUUCAUAUUCCAGAUCACAUGCCUUAUCCAAGGAAAAAAAUAAAAAUCAUUGCCUCAACAAACGCCGCAAAGGAUUUGGAAAAAGUUGUUGGCCCAACCAAGGAAACGCUUGCAAUGGAGAUACAGUCUCUCCUUGGAAUAAAUGAAGAGAAUUUGCAAAAAAUGAUUGCUAAAGGGAACAGCGGUGAUGAGAACGAAGGAGAUGAUGAGGAUGAUGAUGAUGAGGAGGAAAAUGAUGACGAUAAUGAUGACGACGAUGAUGAGGGUGACGUCACAGGAGAUCCUCUUGACGACGAAGCAAUGUCAAGUGAGUGUGAUGAUUCCAACAGCGUAAGCGCUUCGAAACAUAAGAAGAAAUGCAGACCUCUAGGAAAGGACAAGCCAGCAAAAACCACAUCCUUUGGAUCUGGCUUAGGUGCCCAACUGGAAGAAAACGAUGAUGACAAAAGGCCUAAACUUCACGUUGAACAACCUGAAGGAUUUGAACUUCGAUGGGAGGACAUAAUAAACAACUUUAAGAAUUUUAGCGUUAAACGCAAGAAAAAGAUAUGCAAACUGUUUGCCUUGCAAAACGAUAUGUGUGAGCGUGUGACAAGACGGCGGAAACACAGCUUUAAAAGAAAACUGAAGCACUAUCUUUUGAAAAUGCUUAGAAAGUUCUUGAAGAAGAACAAGAGUGAAUUCGAGGACUACUUAAGCACCAGGUUAGUACAGGACUUACUCCGUGACAGGGAUUGCUUUCUAUUUCUAGUCAUCUCAGUUUGUGAGUAAUUAGGUACAUUUUGUAUUUCCAGUUGUGGAGCUUCAUUCCCCUCAUUGAAAGUCAUAGCGAAUUUUAAGAUAAUUUAAAAGACGAAGGUUGAAGAGCUAGGGUUCGGACAAGUCACUGCACUGUACCGCAGUAUGUAUAUGGGCUCAGGUGGUGAAGAUCGUCUUUUCCGUUCCUUUGGAAGAAUGAGCACAGUUAAUGUUAAAUUAUGGCUGGGACUGGUACAAGGUACCUUUGACCCACGUCAAACAUCAGUCUCUUACUACACACCUUGAUUACCUUUAUCAUACUUCACUGCCUGUUGUAGUCCACACUUUGUCAGGCCCUUCACACGUUUAAAAGGUAAUCAGAGGCAAUUUUUCUUCCCGUGCUAAGGAAGGUCUUGAGAACAGGACGGAGUCGUGAUAAGACUUUUGGCGGGAACGGAAGUGCGAGAUCCCAGUGGUCACUAAAAAAAGAUCUUUGCUAAACUAAUGACGAUAUGCACCAAAGUUGGUACUAAGACAAUUUUGGGGCAAAAAUAACUGGAACAAGAUGUAGAUGUAACAUCACACAAUCGUCAAAAAGAUCAAGAUAACAAAACCGCGAUGCAAUUUAGGAUCGGCCAAAUAAGUUAAAAAGAAAAUUGCCUAUUACAACUAGGUCCUUAGCUUGAAUCUACUAUUAAAUACAAGUUUAGCAUAAGCAAAAGCUUACGUAUGCCUAAGUGGAUAUAGGUUGCUUUGGCAAUUGGGCACUGGGCGCGUAUUUGGGCAUUGGGCAUUUGGGCGUACGGAAUUCACUGCAAUGAUUUGCUUGAGUGACCAUAAAACAACAGCUGUCCAGUGUCCAAUUGCCUACGGCCUAAAGUAACCUUCCUUGAAUCAGAUAUAAAAUACUAAAACAACAUUUUGCAAUGGUUGUGUAAGGUUGAAGGAUGCCUUAGCAGGACGAAUUCAACCCUCCGAAGAUGGUCUCUUACAUAUAUAUGACAAAAACUCAGGAAAGAUGAACAUGGAAGACUUCUUAAAGGACCUCAACGAUGGUACACCACCUCAACUCGGAACCACAACCGAUGAGACACGAUUAGCUUUGCCCCAGUCUAAUCUCAACCCUAUGGCUCUAACUAUGGAUGACAAUACAAUCAACGGAAAUGUUUUUCGAGUAACACCUCAAACAAAUUCGGAAAAGCUAACAACAGAGGAAGCUCCGGAUCAAAGUACACCAGAUGCUGUAUCAGCACUCAACAAUAUCAUACACCCUCUGCUGAAUGAUCAAGAUAAUAAAAUGGAUGAAAGUCUCCAAACAAAAAUUCUCCAAGAAGAACUAAGUAAGAUUACAGAAUCUCCCUUACGUUUUGCUUAUUUGCUUAGUAACAAAAUUGCAACAUAUGUAGUUUUCUCUUCGGUAAUUAAUUACAACAAGGGCUUAUAACGUUGUUCAGAAAACAACGCGCGGUAUACCUUAUCAACACCGUAUUUAGUCGAAUAUGCGCCGUCCUCGAACAAGCAUCGCAUGUGGACAAAAAAUGUUGAUAAGAGUCGUCCCUGAAUAAGUGCCGCCGCCCCAAUAGAAUCAAAAUCAACAGACGUUCCUGUUCGUUACUGAAAAUCAUAGUACCGGUAACAUCAAUGAAACAAUUCUUUUUCGCGACCAACUUUCAUGAAAACGCUGCUCUUAAAUAAGUACUGCCCUCGAAUAACCGCGGCAGUUAGAGAGUGACCGUGGCGCUUAUUCUAGUAAAUACGUUGAGUUGUUUGUUUGUUUCUUUGGUUCCCCAGCAAUGCUUGUUCACCAAGCGGGGUAACAUUGGCGUUUGCUUCAAAGGGUCAUUGUUGGUCUGUUAGCUCCAUUUCUCACUAUAAACAUAGACGCUAACGACGGAGCUUAUGAUCUAAUGAAAACAGCGUUCCUAUUCCGCUUUCGUUCCGCUUAUGACCUAGUGAAAACCAGAUUGUCGGAGUCGGAGGCAGAAGCGGAAGAACUAAACCAAUCACAAAGUGUGGGAGCGUGCAUUGUUAUUGGUGUAUAGCUUCCGCUUCUGGUUCCGACUCCGACAAUCUGGUUUUCACUAGACCAUAACCGGAACGUAAGCGACGGGGUCGUAAGCGGAGUCGGAAGAAAUGGAAAUGUUCUGAUUCUUCUGACUUCUGAUGUCGCGCUUAUGACCCCGAUUUUUGUUUUUCACUAGUUCCUAAGCGCUUUUACGACUCCGACUCCGUCGCUAGUGAAAACCAGCCUUAAGGCAAUACACUUCACUUUGAGACUCCAAGGGAAAAAACCCACAAACUCUCUAUAUUUUUUCCCAUGGCCUUAGUUUUUAGUCCAUCCUUGGAAACCCAGGAUUAAUUAACGGGGACGGGAAUAUUCACUGAUGAAAUCGUGCUCAAAGGUUAGAGGAAGGAUGGAAAAAGCUAUCGAGAAAUACUUAGGAACCAUUUCCUGUAUCGGGGGUGAAGAGGAGAAAUGAAGUGUUCCUAAAUACUCUAUUAUUUCUGCUCAAAAAUCUUCGUUGUUACAUUAUUCCAGUCAAAAAAAUUAUUCCGUUCGAAAAAAUCGUUUUAUCCCAAGCAAAGAAAAGUUUUUUUUUCAUACUCUAAGUAAAGAGAUUUUUUUGUUCAAUUUUUCCAAACACACAAUUACUGUUCCUCUUAUUCCAUUUUUUCCUCUUCAGACCAGCGAAGAGGACGUUAGAUGCAUAUUAAAAAACUCUUCUUGCAACUCCCCCAUCAAUACUGUCUUAUUUCAAGUGUCAAACUAACAUUUCUUCGUUUAGUAUCUUGUUCUUAAUCUCUUGUUGUUGUUUUGGUUUUGUUGUUUAAGGUCAUGUCAAUGCUGAGCAAGAAGAGCAGGAAAGACAGAGGAAAAAAGAUGCUUCGCUCAAUGAUCGCCUUAUGUAUAUGUUCAAGCUACAAAAUCUUGCAAACCACAAACUGGAAACGACAGAUGCAAAUGGGGAAAUCGGAGGCCAACCAAUCAGUAUAGUGAAUCCUCACCAGGUGUCUCUAAUGCAGAUGGAUCUUCCAGACAAAAACCCGGAUAUACCUUUACUAACAUCCAGUUCUUCAAAAGAGUCAGAAACGAGCGCAAAAGCACGAACAAGGAUCAAAGAUUUACCUUUCAGAAGGAAGGCUCCUUUUACGAGAAGAGUAGUAUAUAGACCAAGGUUAUCGUUAUAUGAUAGACCACGGUUGUUGGGAACCCUCAAGUUAAGAACUAGUGGAAAUGGAACCUGGCGACCUACGGGGAGAAGUUUUUGGAAGCGAAGUUACGCAAGUAAAGAGAAGCCCAGAAGACAAGUUACUUGAAAUCUUAUUUCGGACAAGCUAUGCUUAUACUCUAAGGUGCUCGAGUAAGAUGUUUGCUGGGCACUCGAGUAAACACGUCUAUUUUCCAAGUACUCAAGUCAGACUCCGGGGCGCGGGCCGGUACUCAAGCAUUAGAGUAGGCACCAGGUCACUUUGUCCACCCAGUUUUCGUUAGUCUCAAGGCAGAUUGAACACAAUCCUGUGCUUUGCAUGCCCAAAACUCCCCGGUACACUCACAAUUCAAAAUAGCGUUUAAUGGAGCAAAACGGGGCAAGUCCAACACAAUUUUUUGCUGCUAGCCAGGCACUGGUGCUUGGGCACUACGUUUGAACAUGCUCUUUGUACAUGUAGCCUUGUUUAUGAACUGAUUUUUUUUAGCGCUGUUCAGUAUGUUGCUGUCUAAGGAACAGUAAACAGGUAGUAAAACUAUAGUAAAUGUUCAACAAAAAUUAGUGAAUACACUGAAACAAAGGCACUCAACUAGUCUUUGUUUUCGUUUGCUAAACGACAUUAGUUUGUAGACCUGUUGGGAGCUCGAGAAUCCUUGAGUCGUUGGCGAUUCGGGGCUGUCUUUUCACAAUCCGUCGUAAGUCCUAAAUUUUUAUAGCUUCCAUUCACUGUUUGAAUUUUUUAAGUAAAAUAAGAGAGCUUUAUCUGUUUAGCUUACAUUAUGUGCAUAGAGUUCUCUCGUCUCGGGCACGUGUUCCUUAAAAUAAUAGGGAGCUUUAUCAUCGACGACGGCGACAGCAGCUAAAACGUCACUUUUAAAAUGAAUUUGUGUGUUUUCAAACUUUGUUGUGUUUAUUACAGUUCGUUAAAAAUGUUAAAUGUAGGCGAAUCGUCCGGAACUUGAUUUCUUGGGGGCCACACUCAAGUUUAGAAAGAGAAAGAAAAAUUCGUCGUCGCUUAUUUACGCCCCGCAUAAAACCUGAAAUAAGGCAUUUUCACGUCGUAGUCGAAAGAAGCUUGAUGCACGUGCAAAGAUGUUGUUUGGCCUAAUAAAGCUAUUGCGUUCUUUGCCGUUACCGUUGCCCUCGCCGUCGUCGUUGCUAAAGCUCCCUAUUCGUGAAGGUUUUUUAAAAGUAGCGAGCUUUAGUAGGAGAAAACAGCCGACAUUUCGCAAAGCCAUCACUGGCUGGUUUCUCUGCGUACUAACGCCAAAAGAACGAGCGUAUGAAUUCUAUUCUCAUGGGGUGUUGCUCCCCAGUGUAUCUGAUGGUCGUGCUGCAAGGAAAAUUUGCUUCAACCAAUAAGAAGCACUACCUAGAUCUGCGUGGUCACACGUCAUAAGUAUCGAAUUUCUACGCUCGUUCCUCAGACGUCAUGAUCAUGACUUCGGGGAGAAACCAGUGAUGGCGUCGAGAAAUGUCGGCUAUUUUCUCAGGCUAGGUAAACCGAGGCAUUGCUAUAAAUAGUGCUAACUUUUUCGCUCUAUGCAGACACCUACCGAAACGCCUAAACUAGUUUGUGGAGAUUGACAAAAAGACAGUGGGAAAAAAGACUUGUAAGAUUACAUGAGAAUCACGACAUUUUAAUAUAAAGGGUUUCGUCAAUCGUUUGUUUUAGGGUGUCACAGAUAUUGAGCGCGACGUUUCGACCGCGUACUGCAGGUCGUCAUCGGGAGAUAGUGUCGAUUUAUAUAUUACUUAGUAGAACUAUUUGUACCACCAUUCUUGUUAGUGAUUGGUGCAUCACAAACCUGGCUCAUGGUAGGUGGGUUCCUAUCCAAAGCAUUGUUGGCAUUAUUAGAGGAGGAACCUGUUCCCUCAGUGGUCCGUUGUGGUAACGAUCGACUGCUAUGCUGUCUGAUCGUGGGCAUCCGCGCUUCAGGAAUCUCAAUUCCAUUGUCCUUGUUGAUGUUGUUAGAGUGAAGUCUUAUGUGAGUAGCCUGUUUGACUGUACGAGAGUACCAGUGAGGGUCUCGGUCAAUAAACUUAACCUCGUCCCAGGGCGGAUAAUGUCCGGUCUUAUUAUACACCAAUUUUUAUCAACCAGGGUAAUACAAAUAGUUCCACUCAGUAAAUCGACACUAUCGCCUGAUGAAGACCUGCUGUACGCGGUCGAAACUCUGCAAUCAACAUCUUUCUGACAAUCGUGAGACAAACGAUUAACGAAACCCUUUAUACACAUUAUCCUCGAUGAAAAAUAUCUUUCAUGAAAUAACAUAUUCAUAUUCAUAGAACUGCAAUAACGUUAAGUUUCUUUUCCAUGUAUAUAUAUAAUAUAAACCGAGAAACAGAAGAUGGCAGCCAGCACUCGAAUGCUCCGGCUCCCUUCGUGACAUACAAAUUAGGAAAAUUUCUCAGGCACUCGAGAAAAAAGCUUGUCACACAAAAUUUGCUGAAAGGGGGCGGGAUGCGUCUGUAUGUCUCCUUCUUCUUCAGUUUCUAUGUGUAUAUAGCUUAGCAUAAUUUUGAUCUAUGUGACAAAGAAUAUGAGUUUAUUUUUCUUGGAAUAUUCUAAAAUGAAAAAUAAAUGGUCCAUUUUAUAAAAACAACUUCUUGGUUAUUCAUCGAUAUCAUCAUCAUAAAUAUUUUUAUUAUUCAUUGACGAUAUUUUGCUAUUUCUGAUUGGUUCCAAUCCCGGCUUAUUCCUCAUAACGAGCCAGCGCUUAACAUACUUGGAAGACAACGACAAUAUUCCAGUGAUACGAUGGGUUAUCAGAGGUUAUAUUGACCCCAUAUAAAAUAUCAACCUCGUUUCCAGGCAGCGGCGCGGCAGCCUAGCUGUUUAUGCAUGAGUAAGCUUUAAAAAAAUAGCCAAGAGUUUACGAUUAUCCCCUAAACGAAUUCGACGAAUUUCUGAGUAAAUUUGAACAGACGACACUGAAGAAAAUGCCAAAAAUAUGUCUCAAUGGAUGUCAUCUACUUGUUGAGGAAUACAUCUGCAACACAAAAUCCCGCGACCCUGUCGAGAAUUCGAAACGGGCGAAUUUUUUUAAUAAAGUCUAUGAGGAGGCAAUUGUUAAGAACUUUUUUUUAAAAAAAUUAAAUUAAUAAUAGAAAAACAAUUGAGUUUGGCUUUCGUAUGAUGUGAAGAAUUAUGCAGAUAACCGAGGCUGUAGGCCGAAGGAGAAAAUCCUCCUCAAGCUAAAUAAUUCUUCAGAACAUACUCAGCCCAAUUUAAUAAUUGUUUAUUACUUCAUGAAGCUGGUGAAAAUUAAAGACAACUUGGAAGCUGGUGUCGACUCUGACCUGCUACAGCAAUACACACAUGCAUCAGAGGCACCCAACGACUGUUUUCUGUGAAAUAUAGUAAAUAUCUGUUCGGAGAAGCAAACAUAGCCUAGAAUUUUCUAUUACUUGAGGACGGCUAAAAAUUUCUAGAUGACCGUACCACUCAUGCACAAUUUUCGAAGCUUGUCUAAUAAAUUCCCUACGAUUUUCUACGAAUAUUCAUCGACACUUGCUGGAAAGAGCACCUUAACAUUAGUACAUUAGUGGGGUUUCUCGCCAGAGUGCGGACUGAUCGGGCUCAAAUUUCAUUUCAUUUAGCCUCUGGCUAAAUUAAUUCUUAUUAGGUUUUCCUUACGGUCAUUUGAAAUAGUGAGGACAAAACCCUGUUUUUAGCGAGAACAGGAGAAAUGCGUGUCUUAAAAGGCGUGGAAAAACUUGUGGAAUGUCAAAAAAACAGCAGGUUUAUGGUCCCAGAACAAAACACUGAGUCAUAUACGAAUCCCUCCCCUUAAAUUCAUUCCUAGCAAAUUACCUUAUCAAUAUCCGUCAUUUCACUUCUUCAGGAAAGUUGUCAUCUCGACGACCAUUGUGUUUUAUGGCAGUAAAAAUGGUUUAAAAAUUAUACCAAGUUUUAAGUAUUGGAUUUCUGCCUGGUACUUUUACAAAUGAAGGUACGUUUCUCAGUGAUGUAUUUACUUUUCACUUAAAGCAUUUUUCACUCUAACAGCAAUCCUAAUAUUCAUAUCAACAGACACUCUCCGCUUUUGCCAUUAAAUUUCGCUAAUUGUGGGCCCUUCUUUUAAACCGCACGACAUCGCUGUCAGUGAAAACUGGAUAUUUAAAGUGUGUUUCUGUGAUUUAUAGGGGGCUUAUAAGUUUGUUACGUCGUUUUAUUUCAAAACGAAGGAUUUCACUGUACUGGCUUAUCUCUGGCCAGCGAGAUCACUCAAUCUUGGACGGUAAUGUCUCAGUCACAGCUAAUUUGGAUGAAAAAGAUCCCUGAUAUUGAUAAUGACGAACUUACUAUGAUACAUAGUUUUCUUUCAUUCAGUUAAUAACGUUUGACAAAAAGUAACAAUUUAAUACUAACCUCAAAAAUACAAUUACACUACUAACUUGCUGAAGAAGAGGUACCCUGCAAGCAGAGACUACAUUUUCGCUGUGUGAGCUGUCGUGCGAAAAGUAGCCUCUGCCGACAACCGUGCAAAUCCGUCCAGAAAUCUGAACGAAUAAAUUUAAAACACGGGUUUUUUCCUGUUCUUGACAGGUUUAGAGCAUUGCGAGAGUCUUGCGUGAGUCUUGCGCAGCUGAUCAGAGUUCUCACAAUUUUUUAUUCCCGCGAAACUUGCGCCAUUUAACUACAGACUUAAAAAUUAAUUUUGGCUUGCGAAUCGCGUGACGAAUUUCGCGCAUGCACGAUAGAAAAUUGAACGGUUGUCGGCAGAGGCUACUUUUCCCACGCCAGCUCACACAGCGAAACUGCAGCCUCUACUCGCAGGGUGAAGAAAAGUAAUAAAUCCCCACAUGAAAGUGACUACCGACCUUGUCUUAGGCCCUGUUUAUAUGGAGAAAAGUUGUCCCCGGGAGAAGGGUCACCCACCUAGCCACGUCAUCCUUUUGUGAUGGUAGGGUCACCCUCCUAGCCGGGCCAGCGUUUCUUCACAUAAACAUUUUAGCUCGCCCAGCCUAGUCAAAACGGUCAAGGCGAGACUAUCAGAGCAUGCGAGGGCGCUAUUGGUAACUCGGCUGGGAGGUUGACCCUUCUAUCUCUAUUUGACGGGGCCUUAGGGAAUGAUACAGUACACCUAUUGACGUUGAGAAGUACGGUUUAAAUAGGCCAUUUCCGAGUUCCCCCGGGCCUCUGUAUCAAAACGAGGUUAAGUGCUUAGCCUUUGAUAUGGAAAUGAUUUUUCACUCUCAUAGAAAUAAAACAUAUUUUCACAAGAAAGGUUGUGCAAUUGGCCACAUUUUGAAAGUGAGGGUUUUUAGAACCACGAAGUGACCUAUUGAGAAUCAAUAGAGGAAACAACGGUUUUUUAGUGUCCUAGCAUUCAUUGACUUAACAGACACUCUGUUAAAUUAUUCUUCCAAAAUAAAUAUCACAUGCAAUAUCUAAUGUACGCAUCGUCAUUCUUUAGGACGAAAGGAUAUAGUCGGUAAUAAAGGGACACCUUAUUUGUGCUAACAUGAUGAUCAGUACGUUGAUGAUGCUGACUCUUGCCUCCUUCUGUCUUGGUAAGUUGUUUCCAGUCUCCUAACUUCACAAUACUGAGGUGUGCAGCGAUUUCUACUAAGCAAGCGCCAAUCAACAGUUUCGUCUUUCAUACAUGAUAUUAUCUCUUGAAUAAAACUUUCUUUGCCAUUUUUUAAUCCCAUGAGAUAAAAAGAGACAAAACUACGGAAGAAUAUUUCGACCAAAUUGACCACCAUGAAGCUAACAGGUAGAAUAGAAUUGCUGGUUUUCAGUGUCACGCCAUUCAAAAUAUAUCAAAAUAAAAAUCAAAACCGUUCAAUUGAUAAAGUCCAGAAACUGGGAAAUGAAAGGAGGUACAUAUACAAAGACCCUCGCCAAGAUUCAGGUCAGAGGAAUACUUCGUAUACGAGAUAUCCGAAGAAAAGUUUACUCAAACUUAUAAAGAUUUGUAUGGAGACGCCAUGCUGGUGCUCACCUGAAUGAGCUCCAACAUGGCGGACGGAACCCAACAGAAACAUCUGUUACCGAGUUUUGCUACAAAAGCGUGAAUUUAUUCCUCGAGAAACUCGAGAAACGUUAAAGUAAUACUUUUUCGAAAUAAGUCAUUUUUUUUAACCUACAUAACAGCUCUCUUGACCGUCAUGUAAAUGCCGCGUAACGCAAAAGCUUAGAACUUCAAGCGUACUCUAUCACAAAACCAAGAACCCUUUGAAUUUUAUUGACGUCAAGUGAAAACUAAACCAACCAAAUUUGGCAUAUCGCAGUAUCAAGCAUCAAGACAAAUUUCACUAACAUCUUUGAUUUUUUUUUCCAUUAGCUGCGGAAGAGCAAGGAAACCAACGUAAAAAUAUCAAAUUGUUGUUCGUUCCGGCAGACGUCAUGGUAUCACUUCGUAAUAACCUAACGGCCAAGGAUCUACUCGGGGGACUAAACAUAGGAUCAACAAGCCAGGCCACACAGCGUUGGACACCAGUCCGUCUCCCGGGCGAUAAAACACGCACGUUUGAAAUUCGUCUUAACCCCAGCACAGCGCAUAAACUUAACUUAAGCUUUCGACAUUUCAGAAUCGGACGAGGCCAUGGUCUACUAUUGGAACUGAAAAACGUUUCCCUUUCAACACUACAAAAAAACGUGUUGGAUAAACUGGUUGAGUUUUAUAAGAACUGUGGUAGUAGAAGAAGAGCGCAUAAUAGCAUGAUGCAUAGAUUAAGGCGUCCAGUACUUCCUUUUAUGCCGCAUUCACUUGUGGUGCCUGGAGAUGUCCCGCUUUUGAGACGUAUUCAAAACGCUCUCGAACGUUUUUUCCCCAGGCGCCAUGACGGAUCGGUGGAAGUUGUUCAACACAAGGAUUCGAACGGAGCUGUUCAUUUUCUACCCUUUGACGAGGUGCGCCGUGAAGUAGAUAACCUCCUCAAACGAACAAUUGCAAACAAAGACUGCAUAAAGAUUAGCACAGACGCCUUAACUCGUGCUCUACAGGCUUUUAGAAGUCAAAAUAAUAACAAUACUAAUGAGAUCUCGGCAACCAGUGCCCUGAACAAUAAAAGCACUGGUAAAGGAGACAGGGGUAAUGUGGCUGGAGAUUCUCAGGACGCAAACAAUGAAGACGAAGAAGAUGGCAACAUUCUUUCUUUUGCUCGCAAUCUAGCUUCUCUAGACUCAGACAGACGAAACAAAGUAAACUUUACUUCUGGUGUAAACGUUCCUAAUGAUGCUGUACCAAGUAGCAUGGCGUCUGUCCUUGCAAAGCUGAGAAGAGCAAUUCGUCUGUUCUUAGCUAGCUAUAAAGGGAAUCAGAGCCUUCCCAGUAGUGAUAAAGAUCAUGGCAACCCGGUUAGUGUUGGAGGUCAAAAUAAGACAAAGACGCGUGUGAGCAACAUACUGAAGGCUAUCAGCAGCGAUGAAAGUGAAAAAAAGAAGGAAAACCGAAACAAUCAACAGCUGGGCUUUGAUUUAAGUGAAGCAACCAACAGAAUAAAAGUUAUGAGUAGUGAUAAAACCGAUAAUAAAAACAAUAAAAGCAGCUCUAUCCAUGACAACAGCAGGCAGCAUGCACAACCAGUGAAAAUUAAGACCGAUGAUAUGAGUGCAGGAAAAGCAGAUACAGGCACAAGUUUAAUGGAAGUCAAAAAGGAUGUCUCGAAGGUUGCCCAAAACUCCACUUCUUCAGCUCAUGAAUUUGAGGCUCAUGACUACAGCAGUUUAAAACUCAGUAACGCGAAUAUUGAAGGCCUUCUUCGACUCAUCCAAGCUUUAAAGAAAGCAAAGAGCCUCAGAAAAAAUAAACCCGCGAAUGUUUUUAUGGGGAAUUCCAAGGGAACGGAAACAAUUAAUAAAAUGGAAUCAAGUAAAGUUGGAAGAUAUAAAAGGCCUCAUAAAUAUAAGCAUCGGAAUAAAGCUCGUGUUAAGGACAUGUAUAACAUAAAGCAACAAUCAAUUGUUUUUCACUUCAAACCAAAGUCAAUGAGACAUAAAAUGCAUACCAGAUUUAAAGACGGUCACGAAGAUGACGAGGAUCAAGUUGACGAAGGCGGCAGUGAGAAGUACAUAGGCAAAGGGUCAUUUACAAAACCGCACCGUAAGCUAAACCGGAAGCCACAAAUCAAAGAAACGACGCUAGAAGACGAUGAAGAUUAUGAUGGCAAGGAAAACGACAUUCACAAACAAGUAGAUGAUUAUCCAACGGAGGAGAGAGAAACUUCUGAAGAAAACGACGAUAGGUUACUGAGAAAGCUGCGGCAUUUCAGAAAACAUGUUCACGCUAGCCGCAAAAGUCCAAAACUUCGUGUCGUGGUAUACGACGACGACGAAGACGAAAAGGAACCUCACAACGAUAUGUGGCAAAAUAGCGAGAGCGAGGAGUUCGCAGAGAAACUUCACCAAGAUGACAACGAGGCCAUAACGGAGUCCCCGGACAAAACAUCGGAUGGAUCAGACACGGCACUUUAUAGGGAAGAUCAGAAUAAUCGACAGUUGGAGCAGGGAGAGACUACAAGUGAGCAAACAAGUAAUUCUGCUUCUGAUGUUCAAUAUUUGGCAGACAGUAUUGGGACCGAUGAAAAUCAUCAGCUUGGGGAAAACCAAGAGACGGAAGUACCCAACUUGGAGCCUUACUUAAAGAAACAUUAUGGUAAGUGAUUAUCUUCUCCCAAACAAACAAAGUCUUUUUAUCAGAAUGGGGAAGAGCAAUUGCUAAAAACAUUGUUAAACAGUCCAUAUUGAUUUCAUAUGAUUUCAAUUGGCAUUUCUAUACUGACAGAUAGACUCAAUAAAAAUGACUCUGACUUACUCUUUUGUUGGUUAGAGUCUUCUGUUUGGUGAAUGCAAUUACACCGUUGAUGACUCUUGCAAACGUUAUGCCGAU